CACCACCACUCAAGGCGACACCACAACAAUAACAACAAACAUGGCUGCCACCAGCCCAUCCUCCCCUCUCUUCCCCGGAUUCAACCUACCUAGUAGUCUCUCAGUUUCAAGAAGUAUGAGAAAGUUCAUGGAGCAGGGAGAGUGGACCUAGUACCGACCACUGAAGAGGCGGGACCAGGAACUGUGAAUCGACACCUGCAACCACAAUUAGGGGAGUGCUCUGCUGCCCAUGAGAUGCGCCAAUCAGCGACGAGUCUCGUGUCAGCUGGACCAAUCAGCGAUGAGCUAUUUACUAAUGCACCAAUCAACGACGAGCUAGCUGACGACGCCUCCGACUUGCGUAUUUUGGUACGGAAAAAAUAUUAGGAAUGUCUUACGUAAGAAGAUGACAUAAUGCCAUUACCACAGUGUGACAUGAUCUGCUUGUGUGGUGAGGUGAUGUCUCUCUCUCUCUCUCUCUCUUUCUCGUACACAGGGUUCUACAAGGUUAGGUUUAGGGAUCCUGACUUUAUUUACCAGCUAAGAGAUGUCAAGUACAUCACUUCGUUUGAAAGCUGAUGUAGCUAACAGCUGUUAACUUGUAAAUAUAGAUAGAACCCUAGCUCUCUCUCAGUAAACACAACGGGAGGCCACCUUAUUCUACCCUUGAAGCUACUAAAGAGACAUCAUACAUUGAAACAUUAAGAAACAAGUGAAGAGCAACGUGAAGAACCACACAAAACAGCGGGAUGAAACUCCGUGGCAAGAGCUUUAACCCGAAUGUGAUCAUCCCCCCCCCCUGUGUAGUUACCACCAUUACAGACUUAGCCCUUGAUUAUGAUUAUAAUAAUAUUCUGUGUAGUUAUGCUAUCUUCGUGUUUCUUUUGUUUUUGAGUUUGUAAUGGUGAAAGAAAGAAAUAAUAAGAGGAUAAUAAGAAGGGACGAAGGAAUAUUUUUUUUACUGGGUGGAGAAAGAAUGAGAGAAAUUGAGAAAAAGAGUUAGUGACUAACUUCUUAAAUCUGAUCGUUUUUUUUUUAAUUUAAUAAAGUUUGUGUUUGGUGCUGCUGUGUCUUCCAUGUUGUAAUAUAGUCGCAACACAGCCGCUGUGUACUUCACUUUUAUCUUAAUACAUUAUAAACGCUGGUGAGAGGCUCUUGAUCUAGGGUAUUGGAUCUGUGCUCCAGUUCCCUGAAUUAAGACUGAAUACCUUCCAUUCCCCCUCCCCACAGGUGCUGUAUAAUCCUACGGGUUUAGCGCUCCCCUAUGAUUAUAUAUAUAAUAUUUCUCCAUUUAUAUUUGAAGUUAUAUAGCCAGGGAGAGCAGUACAUGCGUAUGUCAUAACUUUAUUAAUGUGAUCACCUGCUGACAACUUCUUAUCAAUAAUAACACCUGUGGUAGAAGCCGGUCAGUGGUGGCCACAGUUCCGCUAAUUAGCGGAACUAAGUUAUUCUUUAGCGGAUUAGGGUUUCCGCUAACUUCGGAAACCGAUAGCUGGCCAAUUAGCUUCCGCUGAAUUUUUUCGUGCGUUUAGCGGUUUAGCGUUAGCGGAGCUAAUUUUUUAGUUGGCGGAUUAGCGAUUAGGGAAGCUAACCUUUCGGUUAGCUGUGCCGACCAUUGGCCUUGGUAAUAGUUACCGACAAGUUGGUUUAAACCCAUAAGUAAACAUGAUCCCAUUGUCUUCCCGUCCACAUCCCAAUAUAUCGUUAUUGAGGUCACCAUGUGUCAUUCACACCUCACUCAGGUCACCAUGUGUCAUUCACACCUCACUCACGUCACCAUGUGUCAUUCACACCUCACUCAGGUCACCAUGUGUCAGUCACACCUCACUCAGGUCCCCAUGUGUCACUCACACCUCACUCACGUCACCAUGUGUCAUUCACACCUCACUCAGGUCACCAUGUGUCAUUCACACCUCACUCAGGUCACCAUGUGUCAUUCACACCUCACUCAGGUCACCAUGUGUCAUUCACACCUCACUCAGGUCACCAUGUGUCAUUCACACCUCACUCAGGUCACCAUGUGUCAUUCACACAUCACUCAGGUCACCAUGUGUCACUCACACCUCACUCAGGUCACCAUGUGUCACUCACACCUCACUCAGGUCACCAUGUGUCAUUCACACCUCACUCAGGUCACCAUGUGGUCAUUCACACCUCACUCAGGUCACCAUGUGUCAUUCACACCUCACUCAGGUCACCAUGUGUCAUUCACACCUCACUCAGGUCACCAUGUGUCAUUCACACCUCACUCAGGUCACCAUGUGUCAUUCACACCUCACUCAGGUCACCAUGUGUCAAUCACGCCUCACUCAGGUCACCAUGUGUCACUCACACCUCACUCAGGUCACCAUGUGUCACUCACACCUCACUCAGGUCACCAUGUGUCACUCACACCUCACUCAGGUCACCAUGUGUCACUCACACCUCACUCAGGUCACCAUGUGUCACUCACACCUCACUCAGGUCACCAUGUGUCACUCACACCUCACUCAGGUCCCCAUGUGUCACUCACACCUCACUCAGGUCACUAUGUGUCACUCACCUCACUCAGGUCACCAUGGGUCACUCACACCUCACUCAGGUCACCAUGUGUCACUCACACCUCACUCAGGUCACCAUGUGUCAGUCACACCUCACUCAGAUCACCAUGCGUCACUCACACCUCACUCAGGUCACCAUGUGUCACUCACACCUCACUCAGGUCCCCAUGUGUCACUCACACCUCACUCAGGUCACCAUGUGUCACUCACCUCACUCAGGUCACCAUGGGUCACUCACACCUCACUCAAGUCACCAUGUGUCACUCACACCUCACUCAGGUCACUAUGUGUCACUCACACCUCACUCAGGUCACUAUGUGUCACUUACCUCACUCAGGUCACCAUGUGUCAUUCACACCUCACUCAGGUCACCAUGUGUCACUCACACCUCACUCAAGUCACCAUGUGUCACUCACACCUCACUCAGGUCACCAUGUGUCACUCACACCUCACUCAGGUCACCAUGUGUCACUCACACCUCACUCAGGUCACCAUGUGUCACUCACACCUCACUCAGGUCACCAUGUGUCACUCACACCUCACUCAGGUCACCAUUUAUCACUCACACCUCACUCAGGUCACCAUUUAUCACUCACACCUCACUCAGGUCACCAUGUGUCACUCACACCUCACAGGUCACCAUGUGUCACUCACACCUCACUCAGGUCACUAUGUGUCACUCACCUCACUCAGGUCACCAUGUGUCACUCACACCUCACUCAGGUCACUAUGUGUCACUCACCUCACUCAGGUCACCAUGUGUCACUCACACCUCACUCAUGUCACCAUGUGUCACUCACCUCACAGGUCACUAUGUGUCACUCACACCUCACUCAGGUCACUAUGUGUCACUCACCUUACUCAGGUCACCAUGUGUCAUUCACACCUCACUCAGGUCACCAUGUCUCACUCACCUCACUCAAGUCACCAUGUGUCACCUCACUCAGGUCACCAUGUGUCACUCACACCUCACUCAGGUCACCAUGUGUCACUCACACCUCACUCAGGUCACCAUGUGUCACUCACACCUCACUCAGGUCACCAUUUAUCAUUCACACCUCACUCAGGUCACCAUGUGUCACUCACACCUCACUCAGGUCACCAUGUGUCACUCACACCUCACUCAGGUCACCAUGUGUCAUUCACACCUCACUCAAGUCACCAUGUGUCACUCACACCUCACUCAGGUCACCAUGUGUCACUCACACCUCACUCAAGUCACCAUGUGUCACUCACACCUCACUCAAGUCACCAUGUGUCACUCACAACUCACUCAGGUCACCAUGUGUCACUCACACCUCACUCAGGUCACCAUGUGUCACUCACACCUCACUCAGGUCACCAUUUAUCAUUCACACCUCACUCAGGUCACCAUGUGUCACUCACACCUCACUCAGGUCACCAUGUGUCACUCACACCUCACUCAAGUCACCAUGUGUCACUCCCACCUCACUCAGGUCACCAUGUGUCACUCACACCUCUCUCAAGUCAUCAUGUGUCACUCACACCUCACUCAGGUCACCAUGUGUCACUCACACCUCACUCAGGUCACCAUGUGUCACUCACACCUCACUCAGGUCACCAUGUGUCACUCACACUUCACUCAGGUCACCAUUUAUCACUCACACCUCACUCAGGCCACCAUGUGUCACUCACACCUCACUCCGGUCACCAUGUGUCACUCACACCUCAUUCAGGUCACUAUGUGUCACUCACCUCACUCAGGUCACCAUGUCUCACUCACACCUCACUCAGGUCACCAUAUGUCACUCACACCUCACUCAGGUCACCAUUUAUCAUUCACACCUCACUCAGGUCACCAUGUGUCACUCACACCUCACUUAGGUCACCAUGUGUCACUCACACCUCACUCAAGUCACCAUGUGUCACUCCCACCUCACUCAAGUCACCAUGUGUCACUCCCACCUCACUCAGGUCACCAUGUGUCACUCACACCUCACUCAGGUCACCAUGUGUCACUCACACCUCACUCAAGUCACCAUGUGUCACUCCCACCUCACUCAGGUCACCAUGUGUCACUCACACCUCACUCAGGUCACCAUUUAUCAUUCACACCUCACUCAGGUCACCAUGUGUCACUCACACCUCACUCAGGUCACCAUGUGUCACUCACACCUCACUCAAGUCACCAUGUGUCACUCCCACCUCACUCAGGUCACCAUGUGUCACUCACACCUCACUCAGGUCACCAUUUAUCAUUCACACCUCACUCAGGUCACCAUGUGUCACUCACACCUCACUCAGGUCACCAUGUGUCACUCACACCUCACUCAGGUCACCAUGUGUCAUUCACACCUCACUCAAGUCACCAUGUGUCACUCACACCUCACUCAGGUCACCAUGUGUCACUCACACCUCACUCAAGUCACCAUGUGUCACUCACACCUCACUCAAGUCACCAUGUGUCACUCACAACUCACUCAGGUCACCAUGUGUCACUCACACCUCACUCAGGUCACCAUGUGUCACUCACACCUCACUCAGGUCACCAUUUAUCAUUCACACCUCACUCAGGUCACCAUGUGUCACUCACACCUCACUCAGGUCACCAUGUGUCACUCACACCUCACUCAAGUCACCAUGUGUCACUCCCACCUCACUCAGGUCACCAUGUGUCACUCACACCUCUCUCAAGUCAUCAUGUGUCACUCACACCUCACUCAGGUCACCAUGUGUCACUCACACCUCACUCAGGUCACCAUGUGUCACUCACACCUCACUCAGGUCACCAUGUGUCACUCACACUUCACUCAGGUCACCAUUUAUCACUCACACCUCACUCAGGCCACCAUGUGUCACUCACACCUCACUCCGGUCACCAUGUGUCACUCACACCUCAUUCAGGUCACUAUGUGUCACUCACCUCACUCAGGUCACCAUGUCUCACUCACACCUCACUCAGGUCACCAUAUGUCACUCACACCUCACUCAGGUCACUAUGUGUCACUCACACCUCACUCAGGUCACUAUGUGUCACUCACCUCACUCAGGUCACCAUGUGUCAUUCACACCUCACUCAGGUCACCAUGUGUCAUUCACCUCACUCAGGUCACCAUGUGUCACUCACACCUCACUCAAGUCACCAUGUGUCACUCACACCUCACUCAGGUCACCAUGUGUCACUCACACCUCACUCAAGUCACCAUGUGUCACUCACACCUCACGUCACCAUGUGUCACUCACACCUCACUCAGGUCACCAUGUGUCACUCACACCUCACUCAGGUCACCAUGUGUCACUCACACCUCACUCAGGUCACCAUGUGUCACUCACACCUCACUCAGGUCACCAUUUAUCACUCACACCUCACUCAGGUCACCAUGUGUCACUCACACCUCACUCAAGUCACCAUUUAUCACUCACACCUCACUCAGGUCACCAUUUAUCACUCACACCUCACUCAGGUCACCGUGUGUCACUCAUACCUCACUCAGGUCACCAAGUGUCACUCACACCUCACUCAGGUCACCAUGUGUCACUCAUACCUCACUCAGGUCACCAAGUGUCACUCAUACCUCACUCAGGUCACCAUGUGUCACUCACACCUCACUCAGGUCACCAAGUGUCACUCACACCUCACUCAGGUCACCAAGUGUCACUCAUACCUCACUCAGGUCACCAAGUGUCACUCACACCUCACUCAGGUCACCAAGUGUCACUCACACCUCACUCAGGUCACCAAGUGUCACUCACACCUCACUCAGGUCACCAAGUGUCACUCAUACCUCACUCAGGUCACCAUGUGUCACUCACACCUCACUCAGGUCACCAAGUGUCACUCACACCUCACUCAGGUCACCAAGUGUCACUCACACCUCACUCAGGUCACCAUGUGUCACUCAUACCUCACUCAGGUCACCAAGUGUCACUCAUACCUCACUCAGGUCACCAAGUGUCACUCACACCUCACUCAGGUCACCAAGUGUCACUCAUACCUCACUCAGGUCACCAUGUGUCACUCACACCUCACUCAGGUCACCAAGUGUCACUCACACCUCACUCAGGUCACCAAGUGUCACUCAUACCUCACUCAGGUCACCAUGUGUCACUCACACCUCACUCAGGUCACCAUGUGUCACUCACACCUCACUCAGGUCACCAUGUGUCACUCACACCUCACUCAGGUCACCAUUUAUCACUCACACCUCACUCAGGCCACCAUGUGUCACUCACACCUCACUCAAGUCACCAUGUGUCACUCACACCUCACGUCACCAUGUGUCACUCACACCUCACUCAGGUCACCAUGUGUCACUCACACCCCACUCAGGUCACCAUGUGUCACUCACACCUCACUCAGGUCACCAUGUGUCACUCACACCUCAGUCAGGUCACCAUGUGUCACUCACACCUCACUCAGGUCACCAUGUGUCACUCACACCUCACUCAGGUCACCAUGUGUCACUCACACCUCACUCAGGUCACCAUGUGUCACUCACACCUCACUCAGGUCACCAUGUGUCACUCACACCUCACUCAGGUCACCAUGUGUCACUCACACCUCACUCAGGUCACCAUUUAUCACUCACACCUCAGUCUCCACUAUAUAUAUAUACUAUCUGUGUAACCUCUGUAUGCUAGAAGUGAUCAAGAUCAAAGGACCUAAAUUUUUUCUAAUUAAUAUGUCCUAGUGUUUACUUACGUGUCUUCCUAAACUAACAACUUUUGUAUCUUUUUCUACGUACGAUGAUCCCAAAAUUUUAUCACAGUCUAUCGUACAUUCCUUGUGUCGUCUGAUUUCGUUUUCUUUUUAUAUUUUAAUUAAAGGCAUUUAUCAACAUUAAAUUCCAUUAUCCAU